AUGUCCGCCGGAGCAGCAGCGCUGCGAAGAUUCGGCCAUCGUGCUCCCCGCACUCGCGCGUUGGAGUUGGGGCUGUCAUCCCGCACUCACGCCCCCGCCCUGUCUUUGACUUCCUCCUCCACCACCACGUCGACUCGCAACGCCCGCCGUUCAAAUUCCAGUUCUCUUGCUGUUUCUUCGUCUUAUCGCCAAGUAUCGUGCUUCUCGACAAUGUCGCCUUUGCAAGCUACCCCUGUGCUGGAGCGGGAGUAUGACCCCGAGAUCAAGGAUAUGGCCGAUUAUAUCCACAAUUAUAAGAUUGAAUCCGACCUUGCCUUCGAUACUGCUCGACUCGUUUUCCUGGAUACUCUCGGCUGCGGUCUCGAGGGUCUUCGUUUCCACGAGUGUACCAAACUGCUCGGCCCUGUUGUGGAAGGCACCGUCGUCCCCAAUGGGACCAAAGUCCCAGGAACCCCGUAUCAGCUUGAUCCCGUUAAUGGGGCGUUCAACAUUGGUGCCAUGAUCCGAUGGCUCGAUUACAACGAUUGCUGGCUUGCAGCUGAAUGGGGCCACCCAUCCGACAAUUUGGGUGGUAUUCUCGCAGUAGCAGACUGGAUUUCACGCACAAACCGUGCCGGUGGAAAUAUUGGAGAGGGCAAAAUUCUCAAGGUUCGCGACGUUCUGGAGGGCAUGAUCAAGGCCCAUGAAAUCCAGGGUGUGUUGGCUCUGGAAAAUUCGUUCAACAAGGUUGGUUUGGACCAUGUCGUCCUUGUGAAGGUGGCCACUGCUGCUGUCACCUCGAAGUUGUUGGGUCUUGAUGAGAAGAAGACUGCCGAUGCUAUUACCCAAGCAUGGGUUGACGGUCAAAGUCUACGUACUUACCGCCAUUCGCCGAAUACAAUGUCUCGAAAGUCGUGGGCUGCCGGUGAUGCCUGCCAGCGUGCGGUAAAUCUCGUCCUCAAGGUGCUCAAGGGUGAGGGCGGUAUUCCGACUGUCCUGAACGCUCCUGUCUGGGGCUUCUACGACAACCUGUUCAAGGGCAAAAAGUUCCAGUUCCAACGCCCGUACGGCAGCUAUGUGAUGGAGAAUGUGCUUUUCAAAGUUUCAUAUCCUGCCGAAUUUCACUCUCAGACAGCUAUUGAGGCUGCCCAGAUUGUUAACAAGAAGCUCGCCGAAUUGGGAAAGACAGCCAAGGACAUCAAAGAAAUCACCAACCGGACGCAUGAGGCCUGCGUUCGCAUCAUUGACAAGCAGUUCAAGGCCAUGGACAACUUUGCUGACCGUGACCAUUGCGUGCAAUACAUGGUUGCAACUAUGCUCGUGUUCAACCGCCUGACAGCUCAAGACUACGCCGAUGGAUCCGAGGCAGCCACAUCGGAGUUUCUCGACGAUCUCCGCAAGCGCAUCAAAUGUGUUGAAGACCCUCAGUUUACCAAGGACUACCACGACCCAUCCAAACGCACAAUCCCCAACGCUCUCACAAUCACCCUCAACGACGGCACUGUCCUCGAUGAAGUUGUGGUCGAAGCACCUCUGGGUCACAAAUUCCGCCGUGAAGAGGCCAAGCCCGAGAUUUUGGCUAAAUACAAGCGCCACAUUGAGGGCCACUUUGACACCAGCCGCGUCAACCAUCUCCUAGAGCUUGGCUGGAACCGAAAGGAGCUGGAAAACACUGACAUUGACAAGUACGUUGAUCUCUACGUGACAGACAGCAUCGUUGCGCCCUACAAGUAG